AUGUGCAAAUCAAUGAUUGUCGAAGGCGUAUCUGAAGAGGCAAUCUUUUUAUGGGCGUUCCCAUACUCCCUGGGCGAUAAAGCGGAACAAUGGUUAUUCAACUUAAAACCUGAUUCCAUCCAUACAUGGGAACAAAUGGAGCACAAGUUCUUGGAGGAGUACUUUCCGCCUCACAAGACGGCAAAUUUCAAGGUGAAAAUAAAUAAUUUUGUUCAAGAGAACGGCGAAAGUCUUUACGACGCUUGGCAAAGGUUCAAAGGUUACCAACGAGCGUGCCCACAUCAUGGCAUGGAUCGAAGGCACCUAAUCUCAACCUUCGUUGAAGGGUUAAGGAAAGACAUAAGACGUUGGAUAAAUGCCGCUGCUGGAGGUUCUAUCCGCAACCUCACUUUUGAGCAUCUCGAGGAAUUAAUUGAAGAAAUGGCGAGAGAUCGGGGCGAUGACAUGGAUGAGUACGACCGAAGGGGAAACAUAAAGUCUAAGGGUGAGUCAAGUGAAGUCCAAUCCCUACGAGCACAAGUCGCCAAACUCACAGUUCUAUUGGAGAAUUCAAAUGCGGUGACAUCAAUUCCACAAGACUCAAGCUACAAUUACACCAUGCAGACCCAAGAACAAGAGGUCGAGAAUGUCAACUAUGUGGCGAACAACCCCUACUCAAAUACAUACAAUCCAGGUUGGCGUAAUCACCCAAACUUUUCUUACAAAAACACCGGAAACACAGAAAAUCUGGCCAAUCAACCCCAAGCCCCAAGAAUACUCCAAAGACCCCAACAUUUUCAACCAUACGAGCAACGCUAUCAACCACAAGUAGCGCAACCCGUACUUGCACCGCAGCCGCAACCCAAAGAUGAGCUUAAGGAAUUGCUCCUAAGCAUGCAGAAACAACUGUCUGCUGAUAUUAGACAAACAAACAACGAGAUUCGAGGGAUGAAGAAUGAUCAAGACGAUAUCCGCAAACAAGUCGAGGGAAUCAACACACAUCUGAAGCUCCUAGACAAUCAAGUUGCCCAAAUGGCGUCAUCUUCAUCAAGGCCCAUGGGAACACUUCCUGGAAGACCUGAGCCUAACCCUCGGGAGCAUUGUAAUGUUGUUGAGCUAAGAAGCGGGAGAAAACUUGAAGAUAUUAAAUCCAAGGAGAAACAAAUCAAUAAAGACGGAGGUAAAGACGAUGUUGUCGAUUCCGACCCUGACAUCAAGGUGGCAAAAGAAGACAUACAAGAGAAGUCAUACAUUCUACCAUCACCAUACAAGCCACACGUGCCUUUCCCUCAAAGGUUGAGAAAACGUGACGAUGACAGUCAAUUCGCAAAGUUUGCUGAUAUGCUGAAGAAAAUGGAGGUAAACUUGCCUUUCACUGAAGUUAUCCUCAAGAUGCCAUCCUAUGCAAAAUUCUUAAAAGAUAUAUUAUCGAAGAAAAGGACGAUUCAAGAAGAGACCAUCGCGCUAAACUCUGAAUGUAGCGCAAUUCUGAAGCAUGAGCUACCCCAAAAGAUGAAAGAUCCUGGAAGCUUCUCGAUCCCUUGCACCCUAGGUAAUGUCUCAAUUAAAAAGGCAUUAUGUGAUCUUGGAGCUAGCGUGAGCCUUAUGCCUCUGUCAAUAUGCAAAAUGCUCAACAUUGGAGAACUCAAACCGACGAGGAUGACUCUACAACUGGCAGAUCGCUCAAUCAAAUAUCCCAUUGGGAUUCUUGAAGAUGUCCCACUUAAGGUCGGGAAUUUUUAUGUCCCUGUCGAUUUUGUGGUCAUGGAAAUGGAUGAAGACUCAAAUAUUCCAAUCAUACUCGGACGCCCAUUCUUGGCCACUGCUGGAGCAGUUAUCAACGUAAAAGAGGGUCAUUUGACAUUGUCAAUAGGAGAAGAAAAAGUAGAGUUCAAGCUCGCUCAAUCGCUCAAACAACCCUCCGUGGAUGAUACGUGUUGUUACAUCGACGUCCUUGAACAAUUGGCAGACGAGAUAUUGGAAGAAUUACGCGACGUUGAUCCCCUAGAAGUGACCCUCAUGGCAAGCAAAGUAGAGACAUGCGUAGAUCAAGAAGAGGUGAACGUAUACUCCGAAAUCCUUGACGAAGAAGCUACAAUAUGCUCUAUGGAGACGCCUUGCCCCAUACACAAUGAAGUCGACGACAUCGAAUCACCACAACACGAUGAGAUUGUACCUAACAAGAAUUCCAAAUUGCGGUACCAUGACGAAUCAACCCCACCAGAGCUCCAUGAUGUUUGCCUUGUUGAAGAAGCAACCACAAAAACCAAAAACGACAUCGCCGAUGAAUGGGAUCCUAAGGUUGCACCAAAGGUGGAGUUGAAGCCGUUGCCACCAGGACUGAGGUGUGAACAGGUAAACUUGGUUCUGAAUUGGGAAAAAUGUCACUUCAUGGUGCAAGAAGGAAUCGUUCUGGGACACAAAAUUUCUGAAAAAGGAAUCGAGGUUGAUCGGGCUAAAAUCGAGGUGAUUGAGCAAAUGAUACCCCCAACCAAUGUCAAAGGCAUCCGAAGCUUCCUAGGACAUGCAGGAUUCUACCGACGUUUCAUCAAAGACUUUUCCAAAAUUUCAAAACCUUUGACGGAGCUAUUGGGGAAGGAUGUUCAAUUUGUCUUUACAAAGCAAUGUCAUGAGGCGUUUGAGACUCUGAAGAAGUCAUUGAUCUCUCCACCGAUCAUUCAACACCCUGCCUGGGGAAAGCCUUUCGAGCUGAUGUGCGACGCAAGUGACUAUGCCGUUGGAGCAGUCCUAGGUCAAAGAAAAGACAAGAAACUUCAUGCGAUAUACUAUGCAAGUCGAACCCUAGAUGACGCACAAAUCAACUACGCCACCACAGAGAAAGAAUUACUUGCAAUAGUUUUCGCAUUUGAGAAGUUUCGAUCAUAUUUGGUUGGAUCAAAGGUGAUUGUUUAUACCGAUCAUGCUGCUCUACGGUAUCUUCUCUCCAAGAAAGAUGCAAAGCCACGGUUGAUACGAUGGAUCCUAUUGCUCCAAGAGUUUGAUCUCGAGAUUCGUGAUAGGAGAGGAGCAGAAAAUGGUGUAGCGGAUCACCUCUCACGUCUUGAGUUCAAGGAGGACAUACCUAUUGAUGAUUCAUUUCCAGACGACCAUGUCAUGUCUCUUGAGAACAGAAAUGAUGCACCAUGGUAUGCUGACUACGUCAACUAUCUCGCAUGCGGAAUUUUACCCCCAGAGUUGGAUUACAAUAGAAGAAAAAGAUUUCUGAAUGAUGUUCGUCAUUAUUUCUGGGAAGAACCAUUCCUCUUUCGACGUGGAGUAGAUGGUCUAUUCCGACGAUGCAUCCCCGAAGACGAAAUCCUUGACGUAAUCAGGCACUGUCAUUCAUCAGAUUAUGCCGGCCAUUUCGGAACCUCUAAAACGGCGACCAAGAUAUUACAUGCAGGAUUUUAUUGGCCGACGCUGUUCAAGGAUGUUCAUAAAUUUGUUUCCUCGUGUGACACAUGCCAAAGGACGGGAAACAUUGGAAGACGACAUGAAAUGCCACAAAGAUACAUCCUUGAAGUCGAACCAUUCGAUGUAUGGGGCAUCGAUUUUAUGGGACCAUUCCCAUCAUCCUGUGGAAAUCAAUACAUACUUGUUGCUGUCGACUAUGUGACAAAAUGGGUGGAGGCUAUCGCUAGUCCUACAUGUGAUUCCAAGAUAGUGAUCAAGUUAUUCAAGAAAACGAUUUUCCCACGUUUUGGAAUUCCACGGGUGGUGAUAAGUGACGGAGGCUCACACUUUGUGAAUCGAGCCUUUGAAGCACUUUUGCGAAAAUAUGGAGUCAAACAUAGGGUUGCUACACCCUAUCACCCUCAGACGAGCGGACAAGUUGAAGUGUCCAACCGAGAAAUCAAGGCCAUUCUGGAGAAAACCACUUCAAAAUCAAGAAAAGAUUGGUCCUUGAAGCUUGAUGAUGCAUUAUGGGCUUACCGAACGGCUUACAAGACUCCUAUCGGGAUGACACCAUUUCAAAUGGUGUAUGGAAAAGCCUGUCAUUUACCUGUGGAGUUGGAGUACAAAGCGUAUUGGGCCAUAAAGGAGCUGAACUUUGACUUGAAGAGUGCUACAGAGAAGAGACUUCUACAACUUCAUCAUCUUGACGAGAUACGUUUAGACGUAUACGAGAAUGCAAAAAUUUACAAGGAAAGAGCAAAAAAAUGGCAUGACCGUCGAAUCCUCCACAGAACUUUCAAG